UACAGAGAACACUUCAAUUUCUGCAUGCACAUGUGCUCCAUCUUCAAGCUUUAUCAUACUUACUGAAAAUGCAAGCUUCCAAUCAUAACCAGCCCACUGAGGAAACCACAUCCAUUUUUCCGCUCUUCUCUCAACUUCCCGCCGAACUCCGCCUCAAAAUCUGGACCGGCUUCUUGUCCCUCACCGUGCCCUCUCCAAUCCCAAUCACCAUAUCAACAGGAAACCAGAUCCAGAGAUGGGUGGCAGAUGAUUCUAUACUGAGAAAAGGACGUCAGAUUCCAACCAUUUUGCACGUCUGUCAAGAGUCAAGAGCGGUGGGGCUGGCGAGAUACGUUCUUGGCUUUGAGCUGGAAGGAGGACUGAGCGAAUUGCCAUUCAAUCACUGUUGGAAGAUGGUGGAAGAUACCGAGACUUAAGAGCUUCUGCUGAGAUGCAUGGGGUGAUAACUCCUGAAAAAGUGCAUAAACACGUGACAUCGAAGGUGGGGGUGGGUUGGGCAGGCCUAUAACGCAAGCUACGGAACCGCACCUCAGGGGAAAGGGAGGCUGGAUGGAGGCUGUGUGAGAGUAGAACAGACUCUGAGCUCCGUUUAGAAACAUCCAAGAGGAUUUCCUUCGAAACUCUGGCCACUCUAUUGUGUUUCAAUUUCAAUUACGAGGUGUCCAAACAAUUGUUGCAGGGGAAUUUCUG